AUGACCUGGCUCUGCUUAUCCAGGCCCCAAACCCUGGUAAACCCAAUCCUAGUUCCUCCCAGGGACCUGGAUGCUGGAGAGGAGUCAGGCAGUCCAAUGGGUCCAAGUGUGUCCUUCUGGGGCCCUAGCCAGGCCAAGCUCCUGGACAAUGCCCUAGGGCUAGCGGCACUGGGGCUGACAGUUGGAGCAGUCCUUUUCACACCUAGACCAGCUCUGCUGCUGCUGCUGCUAUUGGUCAAUUUCCUUGCCUUCGACCUGCUCCAUGGGCCCACAGCUCCCACCUUGCUGCAGCAUAGACUUCUUGCAGGGGGCCAGAGCCAGGGGGCCGGCGAAGGUCCAGGACAGCAAGGGCCACUACUUCUUCAGUCAGUGGCAGUCACAAGACAAGUCAGCCUCCAAGAUGUUCUGUUCCUGCUGCUCUCAAGCCUGGGUCUGCUCCUCGGGGCCCACGGCGUACCCUUGGCCCUGCUUGGCCUGGCUUUCUGCCUCCACCCUUGGGUCUGA